AUGUCACAACAGCUUCACAAUACGGAAGAUGGGGAAGACGAUAAGGGUCAAGAGCAGUCUUGCCCUGCACCUCCGCAACAAAUUCCCGCCGCGACCGCUAUGUCCGCUACCCGUAUGCCCGUCCCAGCCGCUCCAGCUACCGGUUCCGCCGAUACAGAGAUGCCCGCCAGCAUGGAUAACACUACCACUAGCUCAUCCAUGCGCGUCCAAAGCCAGAAGCAGAAUCUGUAUCACAGCGUUCCUUUGUUACGUGGCCAGAUUCGCUUGCUUCAACUAUUGCCACAUGAAGACGAAGCUGCCGCAAUACACUGUCGGCUCUUCCGCACCACAUUGGACUCAAGAGGCACUCGUUUGUACGAGGCCCUAUCCUACGUCUGGGGCUCUGGGGACAAGCCUCGUUCCAUCUUCGUAAAUGGACGCGAAUUGGCCGUCGGGGGAAAUCUUUACGCGGCGCUGUUGCAUCUUCGAGACCCCUCCAUUGAACGAACGAUAUGGAUAGAUGCCAUUUGCAUCAAUCAAGAAGACCCCGAGGAAAAGAGACAACAAGUUCAAUCCAUGGCUAAGAUUUACGCUCAAGCCACUCGUGUGAUUGUUUGGCUUGGAGAGGAGGCAGCCGGUAGCAGCCAAGCGCUUGAAGAAAUACGCACCGCAGCCGGCAACGACCAACCGCUCGAAGACAUACAAACCGCAGCCGAGCCGUCUACAGGACAAUCAGACGAUAAAGUGGAAAUUCUUGCACUACUUCAACGACCGUGGUUUCAGCGCAUCUGGGUGCUUCAGGAAGUUGCCGCGGCUCGCCAUAUACUGAUCAAGUGUGGUUCUGCUGAGGUUGACGGAUAUGCAUUCUGCUUAGGCCUAAAUGCAUUGAACCUCUUCGAUGAACUCCGCGCAGACCUGCGGGCUCGAAUCCUUUCGGUAGCCUACCUCAUAAGAGGCGCAAUCUUCCGGCCCAAUUACGCAACCACCUGUCAGACAGACAAUUUUUCUCUUGACAUACGCCCUUUGGGUGAACUGAUAGAGAUGUACCACACCCGCGAAGCUACCGAUCGUCGUGAUAAAGUAUAUGCCCUACUCGGUAUGAGCUCCGAUAAUCCAAUCGCAGCAGGAUUGUCCGCCGACUACACGAUCUCGUGGAAACAACUCUUCAACAAACUCAUCCAAUUCUCCUUAUCUCAACUGGUCUCUGUAGGCCUUUGGGAUGAUAAGGAGAUUGCUGUCAUUGAGGGCAAGGGUUGCAUUAUUGGCGAAGUGUCCUGGGUCGAGCAAAACGCUACUUGGAAAGACAGACAAGAUGUGACCAUCAUCUGGAGAAGGGCCCCCAUUGCAUAUGAGUUUCGCUGUAUCCUUCCGACCACACCAAAAUCCAUCCGUUGGGGAGAUGUUGUCUGCCUUCUUCAAGGAGCAUCGAGACCCACGAUUCUCAGGCCAUGCAACGAUCACUGGGCGGUUAUAAUGAUUGCGGUUUCCCCAGCACACGAUUCUUUCCACACGAUUUUCUCCUUAUAUGGGAUUGGGAUCUAG